AUGUCACUCAGCACUUGCUCCCGUUACCCCCCUCUGAUCGCGCUCCUUCUCCCGCUUCUCGCGCUGCUCCUUGCACCGCCCAACUCCCUGUGCGCUGCGGAACGAGAGAACCGAUUUAAAUCCGCUACUACCGCGACGCGCUUCAUCCUGCUGCCCAACAACGCGUACGGCGCGAAAUGCCUCGACGGCAGUCCCCCCGCGUACUACUUCCGCGCGGGGUCGGGCGCGGGGAGGCGCAAGUGGCACGUGCAUUUCCCCCAGGGCGGAUGGUGCUUCUCCCCAGAGGGAUGCAUCGAGCGCGCCAAUUCCUCCCUCGGCUCCUCGCACUUCUGGGCCCGACGCCUCCCCGCCAUCGUUGAAAACGGCAAGAAGGUGCCGAAUGUGAGUAGAGUGUGCCCUUUCCCUCCGCCUCUCCCGCUCACUCCGCCAAUUCCUCCCUCGGCUCCGCGCGCUUCUGGGCCAGACGGCUCCCCGCCAUCGUUGAAAACGGCAAGAAGGUGCCGAAUCAGCACGCGGGGGAGGGCGGACCUGGGGGAGGGCGCAUCUGUGUACAUGCAGGGGCGGGAGAUCAUGGCCGCACUCAUUGACGAUCUCCGCACUCGGCGGGGCAUGGGGGCGGCGUCGCAUGUGCUCUUCUCGGGCAGCUCAGCGGGCGGCCAUGCCAUCAUCAUGCACUGCGACCGCCUCGCUGCCGCCUUCCCCCGCGCCCAAGCCUCUUGCCUCUCCGACUCGGGCCUCUUUGUUGAUGCCAAGGACCGCUUCGGACAAUACUCUUGGCGAGAUAGGGUUCGGGAGCUCACCGCUCUGCACCGCAUCAACGUCCCCAAAUGCCCGGCAGGAGCACGAGUGAGGGACAACUGGGUCUGUUUCUUCCCCGAACACACCCUCCCCAAGAUCAAAACUCCCCUCUUCCUCCUCCAGUUUCACUUCGACUAUCGGCUCAUCUCUCUGGAAAACCAGCUCCCAGAAAACAGCACCAAGUACGAGACAAACUGCCUCAGCAUGCAGAUUCUCCUGCCAAACGCCAGUGCCGUGGCUCGCAAGCGAGCGUGGGACGGGCUCCACUGGAACCCGAAAUUUUGCUUGCCUCAGGAGGUUGAUGCGGUGUUUUCAAUGGCGUCUUUGUCGUAUCGGUCCCUGGCGGUAGCAUCAUUGCGUUCCUCGCGCUUCUCGCCUCCGCCCGCCGCGCUUGCCCCCGCUUCCCCCCCCCUGCUCUCACUGCUCCUCCCGCUCCUCGCGCUGCUCCUCACGGCGCCGCCCCGCCCUCUGUGCGCGGCGGAACGAGGGAAGCGCGUAGAAUCCGCUAGUGCGACGCGCCUCGUCCUCCUGCGCAACAACACGCGCGGCGCGAAAUGCCUCGACGGCAGCCCCCCCGCGUACUACUUCCGCGCGGGGAGGGGCGCGGGGAGGCGCAAGUGGCACGUGUAUCUCCCCACGGGCGGAUGGUGCUUCUCCCCGCGCGACUGCCUCGAUCGCGCUAACUCUAGCCUCGGCUCCUCGCGCUUCUGGGCCACACGCCUCCCCGCCAUCGUUGAAAACGGCGGAGCAGUGACGAAUGCUAAGGUCUCCUACCCUCAACUGGGCGGCUUGCUCUCCCGCAGCAAGAGAGCCAACCCGGUGUUCCACGGGUGGAACCUGGUGUGGGUGGUGUACUGUGAUGGUGGCGCCUACAGCAGCACGCGGGGGAGGGCGGACCUGGGGGAGGGCGCAUCUGUGUACAUGAAUGGGCGCGGGAUCCUGGACGCGCUUUUUUAUGACCUGCGCAUGAAGCGGGGCAUGGGGGCGGCGUCGCAUGUCCUCUUCUCAGGCAGCUCAGCGGGCGGCCAUGCCAUCAUCAUGCACUGCGACCGCCUCGCUGUUGCCUUUCCCCGCGCCAAAGCCACCUGCCUCGCUGACUCGGGCUUCUUUGUUGAUGCCAAGGACCGCUUUGGGCAGUACUACUGGCGAGAAAAGAUUUUAGCGCUCACCGCUCUGCACCCCAUCAACGUCCCCAACUGCCCAGCAGGAGCACAUGUGAGGGACAACUGGGUCUGCUUCUUCCCCGGAAACACCCUCCCUCAGGUCACCACACCCCUCUUCCUCCUCCAGUUUCUCUUUGACCGCCGCUUAAUCCGCCAGGAGAAGCAGCUGCCGGCAACCGAUUUCCAGUAUUCCACAGACUGUUUGAGCAAGCAGAUUCUCCUGCCAAACGCCAGUGCCGUGGCUCGCAAGCAUGCGUGGGGGGGACUCAAUUGGAGCCCGUCUGUAUGCUUGCCUCAGGAGGUCGACGUGGUAUUCUCGAUGGCUGCUGUGUCGUAUAGGUUUUUGGCGGAAGCGGUACGGAGAAAGGGGAAUUUGGGGGUGAUGCUGGCCCCGGGGAUGGGGCACGCGGUGGUGUUUUAUUGGAGCUGGUUCAGGGCUUACUUUGGAGCGCCGAAACUGAACAGGAUAUUCAAUAGAUGGUUUGUGUAA